AUGAAAGAUAAAUCAUCAAGACCCUUGCGAGGCAACCCUUCAAAGAUGAGCUGUAGAGUUAUCGGCCUUAUAACCAGCGCAGUAAUCGUUAUAUUUUCAGCUGGUGGUCUCUCGUCUCUGAUCUGGGUGCUGAAUUCAAGCAAAAAUGUUGAAGCCGCGGCGUCGCCACCCUUUGUAACUACUCCAGUUGGUCGUUUUGUUGGUGUACUCACACCUAGUGUCACAUAUGGAAGUACUUAUGUUAGCUAUAAAUCCAUUCCUUUUGCAAAACCACCAAUAGGAGAACUUCGUUUCAAACGCCCACAACCACUCGAUGACCCCGAAGUGGACUGUUUAGUCAACAGCGAACAGUAUAAACAGUCCUGCUGGUCGGUGACCAAGAAAAGUACAGACCCCAGUUAUGGAGAGGACUGCCUGUAUUUGAAUAUUUAUGUGCCUGGAACUGAAGAAGCAGGUCAAACAGGCAGAAAAUUGCCCGUUAUUGUGUGGAUUCACGGGGGAGGUUUUGUGGCGGGAAGCGCUUUUCCAGAACCUGAAAAAUUGGUGGUUAGGGGAGGCGUCAUUGUGGUGACAAUUAAUUAUAGACUUGGUGUGUUUGGAUUCUUGAGCACGGGGGAUGAUGCUCUUCCUGGCAACAAUGGAUUAUGGGAUCAGUACGUGGCCAUCAAAUGGGUAAAGGAUUAUAUUACUUUCUUUGGGGGAGAUGACCAGUCCGUUACUUUAUACGGAGAAUCUGCAGGAGCAAUGAGCGUCGCUCUUCAUGCUUUGUCCCCAAUCUCAUCCGGGGUCUUCAAUAAGGCAAUAGUUCAGAGCGGAGGAGCUACCAGCCUCAUAUCUCGAGACGCAAGGCAAAGAGCCCUAGAGUUUGCAUCUAUGGUCGGUUGUUCAAGUGUUCAUUCUUCAGCAGAUCUGGCUAAGUGUCUUCGGCAGGUAAGUGUGGCGGUCAUACUACAGUACAGCCAACCGUCAGCAUUUAGCUUGUCGCUCGCUCAACAACAAAGUGAUUUCAUCUGGAUGCCGGUCAUCGAUGGAGAAUUUAUUCCUGACGAACCUUUGAAACUUCUACACAACAUUAGCUAUCUGGAAACAAUCGGAGCUUAUAAAAAGGACUUCCUCUUCAGCAUUUUAAAUAACGAAGGUGCGAUGAUAUCUGACAAUUUUCUUCGGCCCAUUUCGCUGGCACAGGUGACGAACAUAAGUUUUGUUACAGAUUUAACAAACUUCCUUUUGUACAGCAGAUAUGGACGUAAUUUUACAAACAGUAGAGAGCUUAAAGACGCUAUUUAUACAUUUUAUACAGGUUCUUCUGUGCUCAGUCCUACUGUGGAGCCACAAGACAUAUUGGAUCUAGCAGGAGAUGUAGCUUUAGUUAUACCCGCACUCGAGAUGGCUCUAACAAUAUCAGACUGCCAUCAACCAACUUCUGAAAUCUGUAAUUCCAGCUUUAAACAGAAUUCCAGCUGCUCCAGAACCACAGCUAGGACAUACGUCUUCAUGUUCGACUAUUGCUCAACGAGUGAGCCAUGCAAGACCACUUGCAUGAUCCACGGAGCAGAUGUCGCCUACGUGUUUCCUCGCAAAAUCUUUCCGGACCCGGACCAGCAAAAAAUGUCGGACAUGCUGGUCGACAUCUUGACUACAUUUGCAAGGUACUCGAACCCGGAGACUGUUGUGCCGGGUGGUUGGCCUGCUUUUGAUACAGUGUCAAGAAGCUACCUUAGAUUUGAUGUUUCUCCCAGUGUGAGACAAUAUCCUUUCAACUACAGAACACAGUUUUGGUUGAAGCAGGUCCCAGUUCUGAAUCCAUUUAGAAAUUAG